AUGGAGCUCAAGAAAUCAAUUAGUACGCCAAUGCUAGGACAGUUGGUAGCCAGCGCAUUGCUCAUAUGCUUCGUUGGAUAUCAAGCAAGUGCGAGUGAGAACAUCGGCAAUUCAAUAUACUGUUCAGGCUGGGAGCGGGGCCUCACGGCAAUGCCGGGUAUCCGCGCACGCCUGUUACUGGUCGCCAUCCGAACUAGCAAACCGGUUGUUUUUACAGCUGGCAGUUUGUUUGAUCUAUCCCUCUCCUCUUAUACGACUCUGGUGAAGACGUCAUACUCCGCUGUCACAGUUCUGCGGAGAUUUCAACACAGU